AUGUAUGCGAUUUUAAGAUGUAUUCAUGAGGUGACUGAAUGUAUUGAUAACCAUUUAGCACCAGAACAUAUUAUAUUUCCUAAUACUCGAAGAGAAUUAAAUAUCAAUAAGGAGCUGUUUAUGCAGCACUUCAAUUUCCCUGGAGUGGUAGGUGCAAUUGAUGGCACACAUGUUGCCAUCUUGAAACCGGUCAUAGAGGAACAUAAUUUUGUAAAUCGAAAGGGCUUCCAUUCGCUAAAUGUUCAAAUUAUAUGUAACAGUAAUUUAAGAAUUUUAAACAUCAAUGCUAAUUAUCCUGGGGCAACGCAUGAUUCAUUCAUUUGGCGUCAGUCACAAAUUCGGGAGUAUAUGAAUCAUUUACAUAACGAAGGAAAUCGAGGAUGUUGGCUCAUUGGCGAUUCGGGAUAUCCAUUAGAACCAUAUUUAAUGACGCCAUUUCUGAAUCCGGCUGAAAAUUCUCCUGAGGCAAGAUACAAUCAAACACAUUGUAGUGCGCGGAAUUGUGUGGAGAGGUGCAUUGGAGUAUUGAAAAUGCGAUUUCGAUGCAUAUUAAAAGAACGCACUGCACGAUACACUCCACAGUUGGUUGGAAGAUUGGUCAACACUUGUGCUACACUGCAUAACAUGUGCAUUGAUCAUGGCAUUCCUUUCGCUAAUGAAGUUGAUCGUCCAGAACCAUUGCAUAACAAUAAUAACUAUAUAUGUACAUGA